UUGCUUACACCAGGUGCACGCUGGCUGCAGGCAGCACAAAGCCCGGCGGAGGAGGAGGGAAGGCGGCAGCGUCAGCAGGAGAAGAAGAGAAAGACCCAGGGACUGGGGCUGGCUGAGCAGCAGGGUGUGGAGCAAACCCCACAGCUGGCGUCGCUUAGCGAGACUUUGAGGGGGGUUUUCUACGAAUUGCACCGCGCUGCCCCCCGUCUGCGGGGCUAGACCCUGAACCCCUCCCCACACACAAUCACAGCCACCCCCCCUUUCAGGGGCACCUCCUGGCGAAUGGGCAGCCAGCCUGCUCCCGUCCGCUAGCGUGCGGCCGGGGGCAGGAGUCGUGGCUUAGCACCCGACGCCCCUCACCCUUUGGGGGACCUCUCCAGACACUGAUUUGGGUUAAUCAACUCAUGCAGCAGAAUUUGUACAAGCACUUGGAACAAAGGAGAAAAGUAAAGAGACUCUGAAAAAACAUCUCCUAUAUUCUGAAUGUGCAAGAGUUACAACCUAAACUUUAAUUUUUAUUUUUUUUCUUGAUACUGCUUUAUAUAUUCAAUUUUUUGCUAUUUUAGGGGGUUAGGCAGUUGAACUUUCUAGCAAACCAGCAUGGCUAGGAUUAGAUUUGUUUUAAUAGCUUGCCUGUUGGUGCUAGAAUUGCUAAUGAAUUCAUUAACUGAGCCUUCCAUACAGAAUAAUGAAUGUCCACAGCUUUGUGUAUGUGAAAUCAGGCCAUGGUUUACACCACAGUCGACCUACAGAGAAGCUACAACAGUUGACUGCAAUGACCUUCGUUUAACAAAAAUCCCCAGCAAUCUUUCCAGUGACACUCAAGUUCUUCUGUUACAAAGCAACAACAUUGCAAAGACCACAGAUGAACUCCAACAGCUUUUCAAUUUAACAGAAUUAGAUUUUUCACAGAAUAAUUUUACUAGUAUCAAAGAUGUGGGGCUCUCAAAUCUGACUCAACUCACUACUUUACAUCUGGAGGAAAACCAGAUAACAGAAAUGACUGACUACUGCUUGCAGGAUCUUUGCAAUCUCCAGGAACUAUACAUAAACCAUAAUCAGAUUAGUAGCAUCUCUGCAAAUGCAUUCUCUGGCCUGAGAAACCUUUUAAGACUUCAUCUUAACUCUAACAAAUUAAAGAUUAUUGACAGUCGUUGGUUUGAUUCUACUCCUAACUUGGAGAUUCUUAUGAUUGGGGAAAAUCCAGUGAUUGGAAUAUUAGAUAUGAACUUUAAGCCACUCUCAAAUUUAAGAAGUCUAGUUUUGGCAGGUAUGUACCUCACUGAUAUUCCUGGAAAUGCAUUAAUAGGUUUGGAUAGUCUUGAAAGUCUUUCCUUUUAUGAUAACAAACUGGUCAAGGUUCCUCAGCUUGCUCUUGAGAAAGUUCCAAAUUUAAAAUUCCUUGACCUCAACAAAAACCCAAUUCACAAAAUCCAAGAAGGUGAUUUUAAAAAUAUGCUGCGGUUGAAAGAACUUGGGAUCAAUAAUAUGGGAGAACUGGUUUCUGUUGAUAAGUAUGCACUAGACAACCUACCUGAACUUACAAAGCUUGAAGCUACCAAUAAUCCAAAGUUGUCUUACAUCCAUCGUUUAGCAUUUCGUAAUGUUCCUGCUCUGGAAAGCCUGAUGCUGAACAAUAAUGCUUUGAAUGCAGUGUACCAAAAGACAGUGGAAUCCCUUCCAAACCUGCGAGAGAUUAGUAUUCACAGUAAUCCACUCAGGUGUGACUGUGUCAUUCACUGGAUCAACACAAACAAAACCAAUAUUCGUUUCAUGGAGCCUCUAUCAAUGUUCUGUGCUAUGCCACCAGAAUACAGAGGACAACAGGUAAAAGAAGUGUUAAUACAAGAUUCAAGUGAACAAUGUCUUCCAAUGAUUUCCCAUGACACUUUUCCAAAUCAUCUGAAUUUGGACAUUGGCAUGACAGUAUUUCUAGAUUGUCGGGCCAUGGCAGAACCCGAACCAGAAAUUUAUUGGGUCACUCCACUUGGAAAUAAAAUAACAGUUGAAAGUCUCUCUGACAAGUACAAGCUGAGUAGUGAAGGUACCCUGGAAAUCUCGAAUAUUCAGAUUGAAGACUCUGGAAGAUACACAUGUGUUGCUCAAAAUAUAGAAGGAGCUGAUACAAGAGUAGCUACUAUAAGAGUGAAUGGAACUCUUUUGGAUGGUACACAAGUGCUGAAAAUAUAUGUCAAGCAAGCUGAAUCUCAUUCAAUAUUAGUGUCCUGGAAGGUUAAUUCCAAUGUUAUGACUUCCAAUUUAAAAUGGUCAUCAGCCACUAUGAAGAUUGAUAACCCUCACAUUACGUACACUGCGAGAGUCCCAGUGGAUGUACAUGAAUAUAAUCUCACUCAUUUGCAGCCAUCUACAGAUUAUGAGGUCUGUCUAACUGUAUCAAAUAUCCAUCAGCAAACUCAAAAGUCUUGUGUUAAUGUUACAACAAAAAAUGCAGCUUUUGCCCUUGACAUUUCUGACCAAGAAACCAGUACCGCCCUUGCCGCUGUAAUGGGUUCAAUGUUUGCUGUGAUCAGCCUUGCCUCUCUCUCUGUUUAUAUUGCUAAAAGAUUUAAGAGAAAAAACUAUCACCAUUCAUUAAAGAAGUAUAUGCAAAAGACAUCUUCAAUCCCCCUGAAUGAGCUUUAUCCACCACUUAUUAAUCUCUGGGAAGGAGACAGUGAAAAAGACAAAGACGGUUCUGCAGAGACCAAGCCAACCCAAGUCGACACAUCCAGAAGCUAUUACAUGUGGUAACUCAGAGGAUAUUCUGCUUCUGGUAGUAAGGAGCACAAAGACUUUUUUGCUUUAUUCUGCAAAAAUGAAAAGUUGAAGACUUUUGUAUUUUUUGACUUUGCUAGUUUGUGGCAGAGUGGUGAGGACAGGUGGAUAUUUCAGAAUUUUUUAGUAUAGCGUAUCGCAAUUGUUUGACACAAAUGGCAGCUUCACCUAGCUUCCAAUUUUUUUUUCCUUUUUUUUUUUUUUUAAGUUGUGCUAAACUUAAUGCUGUUCUAACUACAGUAUGAAUAAAAUUAAUGAUCGGCUGGGGUUACCUUGUGAUUCACAGCAAGUUCAACCCCUUUCUUAUGAAGCCAUCAGUAGAGUACAGUAUCCUGCAACAGCUAACAUACAGUUUUGAAAUGGCAUUGAACCAGUUUUAUAAUACUGCGGUCUAAAGACUCAAACGGAGAAAAGAAGAUUAGAUCUUCAGUGAUGUUAGUUGACUGUACUGUAAUGUUGUAUCAACUGAUUUGAAUGUUUUUGACUUUAAACAAUGACAUUUUUCUUUUUUUGUAAUAGUUGAAAGGCUUAGACAAACCUAACAGGCAAUAGAAAUAUGUACAUCUGAUUUUUUAAAAUGUAACAAACUAAAUGUUAAUUAUCAUUCUUUUUAUUAUAUCUAGUAGACACUUUUAAAGAAUACUAGUAUUUUGUUGUGCUUAAUUCACCAAACCAUGGUGUAUAAUGAAGGCAAAACUAUAAUAAAUUACAGUUUUGUUCUGAUUUUUUUAGAACAGUUGCAAUAAUGUAUGGUUUUUAAUUGUCACUAAUUUGACUGAUCAUGUUUUGACAUAAAAUGUAUCCAAAUGAUCAUGUAAAAUUAUACGGGGAGCAGGGGGUUAGAGUCAAUUACAACAGAUAUUUAAUUUUUGUUCUAAAUAAGGGAUGUUUUUCCUGCACUGUUUCUUCCUCCCCUUCCCCCAGUAUUAAAAACAAAAUACUGAGCAGUCCUAUCAUGGGGCAUACUCACCACCACAGCACCUUCUGCUGGUAGCACAGGGAAUUAGCCUCUCGCUAGUGCCUGUGUCCUCACUCCACCUUCUGGUUCUGGACCCGCAUCACUCCUGGACCAGGGCGUUACCUUCAGGAUACUGCCCCCUGGCAGUAUUCUCUACAGUUGUGUCUCAGUCUCCCUUCCUGAGGGGGAGGGUAUCAACAGCCCUACAUCUCUGCACUCCGGGGUCCUCUCCUCUUAAUGGAACUCCCUAUCCUCCUGUACUCAUCAUCUAGCCCCUCUCCUCAGGGCCAAACUGUAGCCUGAAAGGGCCACUCAUGACUGGCAAGGGUGUGUGGACCUGCUGCCUUCUCCUAUCUCUGGCUGUGACUUUGCAGCGUUAGUACACUCAGGUCUUGCCUCAGGCCCUGCAGCCUGGGAGUGACGUUAGGCCAGAGCUCCCCAGUUCUGUCUGACUUCUCCCAUCUCUGCCCUAUCUCAGGCAGCCUCCAGCUUCCCUGGAAGCCAGGUCCCUCCUGCUUCUCAGCUAGAGCAAACGUGUGUGUUCACACCUCCCUCCCAGAGCCCUUCCUAAUACUGCCCCCAGCUGGGCCCUAAUUGGCAGUAUCUCACUCAGUUGUGGGCUUUAUUCUCAGUCCUCUCCAAGGCUGGGUUUUACCAUAAAAGGGCCAGGGUGGGCAGACAUCUCAUCACAUGUAUCUAAUCAGAAAGAUACCAAGUAGAAUAAGGGCUGUAACUGUAUCACAUGGAAAAUCAAAACUGUCUCAGGAUACGGGACUGGACUAAAGGACCUCUAGUGGUCUCUCAUAACAUUCUAUUAUACAACUACGUAUACAGAAAGAACACAUAUGUUGAAUGUGGCACAUUUUCUUUUUGGUACACAUUCUUGUGUAUGGUGUUUGAGUUAUACCAUCUACAUGUUUUGUUAGUCUAUAAAGAGCUACCAGACCAUUUGUUGUUUUUUAAGUUGAUGAAGCAAAUAGUUAGCAAUCACUGAUAAUUAAAGAAGAAAUAUAGUUCAAAAUCACUACAUCAGUUUUAAUCGAUGAAUCCACAAAUAUUUACCUAUAAAAAUCAAUUGUUAUUUAGAUUACUGUCUUUUUUUUCAAUAUCAGGGUAUUUAAGACUGGUAAAAUGUCUUUUGUGGAGUGGGGUUAAACCACCAAUAUCUGUUUUAUAGACUUUCCUAUCUGUACUUCAAAAUAUUUUACUAAGUGACAGAACAGAUUAAGAUGGCACAAAAUCACAGGCAAUGGUGGUGUGAGUACAUGAAUAAUUUAGGCCUGGAUUUUCAGGAGCACUCAACAGGGGCCUUUCUACUCCCAUUAAAAUCCUUGACAAGGACUGUUCAUUGUGAGGUCACAAAGGGGACAGUUUCUAAUGAAACAUCUAUUGUAGACAUGCCAGAUGCCAAGUGAGGAAUCAGAAAAAAAAAUCUUCUAUUAAUCUUCUACUCCCCCCUCUUUACCUUACUCACGAGGCAGCUAAUUGCUGACUUUGCAAUGAUCAUUAACUCUGUGAGACUUUAUGCAUACCAAUAUUUUUUGAGUUAAUGAUGAGCACAAAUUGUCCAAAUGCUGGGAAAUGUCAUUUUAAUUUAACUCAAAAAUUAUAUUCUCCACCACUUUCUGGCAUGAAACAGUCCACCUAUGUCUCAAGGUCAAAGAAAUUCAGACAGUUCUCUCUGAAUAUGAGAAAUAAAGUUUCAGCAUCAACCUAAGCACUGAAAUAAAUUGCUGAUGGAACUUAUGGAAUCUUCAUCAUUGUCUAACCUGCUCUGAAAAAUCUCCAAACGCUGGUCAGGGCCAGUCUACAUAGUCCUGUCAGGAGCACAGGGCCCUUAACUAGAUGCUCUCUUGGUCCGUUCAACUGAUAAGCUGAUGUUUACCAGUUAAUGGUCCAAGCUACAUUUAGCUGGCUCCCAGGGAUGCAGCUUUGCUGUGGCAGGACAGCGAAACCACCUUCCCCCGGAGCCAAGUGGGCAAGCGCUGCCUACUCUGCUCCUGAGGAAGAGGGUUUGCUGCCACAGCGAAGUCUGCUCCCUGUGAACUGGGCUGGCAGGGGCAGGCAGCCCCGCUCCCAGGGAGGUUUGGCUGUGGGCUCUGCAAUAUAAAACUAGACUUUACACUACAGAGCCUGCAGUAUGAGUAUCCAUCUGAGCACUGAGACUGUCAGCGGUUGCAUGGUUACCUUAAUACACAAUUUUUAACAUUCAUAGUCCCAUCCAGGUCUGCAAUUCUAUGCUUAUC